GCACACUUCAAUAUGAACGGCACAUCGUCACUGUCAACCAAGUUGCAACCGGAAAAAGAAUACAGGACAAGCCGGAGUGGAAUGUGACAAUCGCCAACCCAGAGAUAUGUACUCUGUUGGCAGUGAAGUUAUCUUGUCCCGGAUUUCAAACUGUUGAAAAAGUUGAUCCUUUGAUCCUGUCGAAAUCCGGAGAU